AUGAGUAGCAUGAAGAAGUUCAAGAAGGUUGAGAAACCUCUCUCGCAAACCAGGCACUAUUCGCUCUGCAUCCCCACCACACUGGUAUCGGAUUGUCGCAAUCUAUCGCAGAUCACGCAUAAGGUGUACCAAGUAGCCAAGUUUGCGUCGUUGUUCAAUGUUUCUGAGGUCGUAAUCCUUGAGGACAACUCCCAGGCAAGUGGCACCAAAAAGAAAAUUUCCACUGCCAAACUAAUACUGGCGCUCUUACAGUACUUCGUCACACCUCCAUAUCUUCGCAAUACCGUAUUCAAGGAAAAUUUCAGACCUUACUUGGCCGUCGCCUCGAAGCUGCCAAGGCUGUCCACACUUCCUUUCACCAGGUACCAAAAGCAGGAUCACGGUCGGUAUAGAGAGGGUCUAACCGUCAAGAUGCAAAAACCCACGCUGACCCGCAAAAGGGGGACAGGUAAGGAGUUCAAGCAAACCAAAUACAUUAAUAUAGGGAAAGCCGAAGCACUGGCCUUACAGAGUCAGCUAGUGCCGAUAAAUGCAAGAGUCACUAUCGACACGGUAACAAAGAAAAUUGUUUCCCCCCAAGAGGCCUAUGGCGAUUUCACAGGAAUGGACUCACAGUACGGGUACCAUACACGUAUAGCGUCAUCCUUCACAGACUUGUUCAUGAAAGGUCCGCUAAAGGAAGGGUAUACGCAAUCGAUAUACGUACCUCUGACCACAAAGGACACCCGCAUUCCCGCACUGUCAUCAUUGCCUGCCAUCGGAACCUCUCCUAACAUUUUAUUGGUGCUGUCCGCAUGGGAAACUCUUUUGCUGGCGUUUGAACUGAAUAAGGACCAAUUUGUGGAGUGCCAAGGUCCUCACGAAUUCUUCGACGCUCAGCUGCCAUGUCCUGUGGCCACCUCGGAUGUCACGGACACCAUACCCAUGGCACUAACCACCCUCUCAACCCUAUUCUAA